GUGCGGUUGCAGCAUCAUUUUCAUUGUGGAACUGUUAUGUUUAACCCCCAGUUUCCGACCGGAGCAUAACAUCGGGAACACGAAAUGGCGACCUCCUUGCUGCGAUUAGGGCGACGGGGUUCUUUCAAGUGUCUCCAGUUGGAGCGCUGGGGUGUCCUGAGGAGUUGCUCAGCUGCUUCAUUCUGCACUCAGGCUGAAGAGCCAGCAAAGCCAAUGAAAAAGACAGAGGCUACAAGCAAGACAGCAGAUUCUCCAGAUGAGAGAGCAACCUUGCUAGCCUACAAGACUGCAGUUGCCUUCCCUGUUAGAUUUUUACAUCCUGAGGUUUUCCCAACACAGUCUGUAGGUGUAGCUGAACCAGUGGCCAGCUGCACUGCCACUGCAGAAACAGUGGCUGUAGCAGCUACAGUGCCUGAUUAUGUUGCCAGUGAACCAGCUGUAGCUGUGCCACAGGUGGCAGAGAUUCCAGCUGCCUCCUCACAUUCAGCUCCCAACACAGAUUUUUCUCAGGUUAUCACUGACACACCUCCACCUGUAGUUGAUGCAACAGCUGCUGAGCCUCUGGUCGAUGCGACCACCUCAGACGCUGCAGUCGAACCCGCCGCAGCAUUCUCUGAGCCUGGUGAUCCAGCAGCUGAUGGAUCAUCCUCCUCUUUGUCCAGCGACUCAGAUUCUGACUCAGAUUCUGACUCAGAUUCUGACUCUGAUACUGACUCUGACUCUGAAGACGAGAAGUCAGAAGUGAAAACUGAAACCAAGACCUCACCACCAGAGGUGGCAGAAUCCAAUGUGAAAGAAGAAGUAGAAGUCCAUGAGGUCACAUCAGAGGUGAAGGAAGACACUAAUGAAGAUAAGAAUGAAUUUCCUACAGAACCUGAAAAUAGUGCUGCCUCUGCUGCUGAGGCUGUAGAGAAGACUGCUCCAGCAGCAAUAGUAGCAACCAUUGAAGCAGCUCUAGCUACCAUGGAGACACAGGGUGUCAGCUCUGAGGAGUUAGUGGAUUCUGUCCCUGAGAUCUGCACUGCCAAGGAAGACACUCCAGAGGUCACUGUCACCAGCACCAAAGUUUCAUCUGAAGCUGCAGUGAAACUAGCUCCAAUAGUGAUAGAAGACAUUGCAUCUCCCACUGUCCAUGAUGCCCAAGUAGCCACUCCAGCUGAUGCUUUGACUGAGGUUGCAACUCCAGCAAAAGCCCCAACCGAUGCUCCAGUUGAAAUUAUAGAGCCUGCCUCUGCUGAAGCUCCAACAGAAACUGCUGAAGCUGCCCCUGUUGAAGCAGCUCCUGAGACUGCAGCUGAAGUUUCUGCCCCUACAGAAAGCACUAAGGAGCUGAUGGACCCUGCUCCGGUCAUCACUGAAGCUGAAGGAGAGGAGCUGCAGGUGGAGGUUCCAGUUGAAUCAACUGAGGAGGCUGCAGCAAUGGCACCUCCAGAGCUCGAGGACCAAUUUGACAGCAGCACUUAUAAAAACUACCAGCACCACAGCUACACCCCUUACACAUUCGCUGACCUGGAUGUAGAGAUGGCCAAGUUUCGUCUCCCUCAGCCCUCCUCCGGCAGACCCUCACCAAGACACUAGAGGAGCUGGGCUGGGCUAUAGACCUUUAUAAUGCUUAGAGAUGAUGGUGAUGGUAUUGUCCCUCUUUAUGUAUGAUCAUCCCCCACCUGUCAUAGCAUGAAAUUCAGCUGUUAAUGUUACAUUAUUAAAGUACACAAAUAGGAAAUGAA